ACAAAGUAGUAUAGUUUAUAAAAAAAAUUUUCUUUAAAAUAAAGUCAUGGUUUAUCAAUCGUAAAAAAAUAAAAUUAUAAUGAUUCCGUCGUAUGUAAAUUUAGAUAAUAAAUAUGUAUAUAAGAUUUCUAUAAGAAAAUUUGCGGUGUCAGUAGCAUGUCUUCCAUUAUUUAGUUUUAUAUUUUGCGUACUUUGGUGUUUGUUAUUUAAUUUUGAGGAAUCAACUUCAACGCAUUGUCAUGUAGCAAAUUAUUUGCCAUCGAUUUCGGCGGCUAUAGGCUCUUUUCAACCUCAGAAAUUUGUUUGGCAAACAUCAAUUUGCUUACAUUUUCUUCCACGUUUACUUGUAGCACGAUUGUAUUUUCAGUUUUAUGAAGAAACAAUUAGAUUGAACAGGAGACGUAUCGCCAGAGUUGCGGUAUUCUUAAAUGUGAUUGAAAACUUUGCACUUAUGGGCUUGACGUUAUGGACGUCCAGUAUGGCUGAAUACGAAGUUCACAAAUUUUGCUUUAUUUCAUUUAUAAUAACUAGUGACGUUUAUAUGAUAUUAUCGUAUGUAGUUAAUAAGAACUUUAAAAAAUUUUCGGAAAUCAAUGAAUUGGAUCGAAUUUCUUUGAAAUGCAAAAAAUAUUUAAUGAUAACAAAUAUUAUAUCCAUUUGCAUUGCUUCGCUUUUUUUUCUAAGACAUAAUCAAUAUUGUAGACCAAUGGAUUAUACACUUUUCGCUUUCUUUGAAUACAUUGUUGUUUUAACCAAUAUUGGAUACCACUUAACAGUUUAUUGGGACUUUCAUGGACGUAGUAUAGUUUUUGACUGGGGCAAAGGAUUUUACACAACGCAUCAAUAACAAGCAUUAAACUUAAAAUAUAACAUGUAUGUUAAUAUAAACUAAGCCUAAGAUUUGCUUAAGAUAUAAAUUAUUUAUAAGUAGCAAAUUUUUACUAAAAUUUUUUUGAAUAAUUUUUAAUUUGCUGAAAAACGCAUACAUUUUUUAUUGAAGUACUUGUUUCAAGUUUUUUUGAAAUGGAAAUA